AUGGCAUAUACAGAUGACAUAACUAUAUACAGUAGUAGUAAGAACGCAACAAAUACAUUAGAACAAGCGGAACAGCUCUGCAAUAUUAUACGAAAUGAACUUAUGAAAUAUAAAGGUCAAUACCAAACCUGGGUCAAAUACCGAUUUCUUACGAAAGAGUCAAUGUUCGGGAUGGGUUGA